UGGCUCCUCCCGGCAGCAAGAGGGCUGGAAAAGAAGCCCAGGCAAUAAUAAAAGUGCAGAAAGAAAAGCCAGCUGGCUUACAGCUUCGCCUCCGCCGGAGCUGCUGGGGAAGUUACAGUGGGUGUUUCUGCAAGGCUUUGCAAAGGAGCUCCUCCUCAGCCCCAGCCCUGGAUCGGUCGCCUCGACUUCUCCAACAACUCGUCCUCCCCUUUGUAUGAUCGGAGAGGAGGGUUUUAUUCCCCUUCCUUCCCCAUCGCCUUGGGUCUUCUUUGAAAUAGCAACAAAGACUCAGUAGCAGCAAGACUUGCUGGUGGCAGAGAGAAAGAGCUCACCGAUUUAUUUCAAGCACCAAAACUUGCUACAAAAACUAUCCAUCGGGCAAAGUAACCAAAACAAGGAGCGAUUUCUUUUUUCCUCUCCUCCUGCGAAGGGAGAUCCGGACCUGAGAAGAAGAAGAAGAAGAAGAAGCCCCUCUGGCCUGGAUUUCGCCCUUUUCUCUUGCCCUUUCUCUCCUUGGCGAGGCUCAGCAUGCAGAAUUACAAGUACGACAAGGCGAUGGUCCCGGAGUCCAAAAACGGAGGCAGCCCGGCUCUGAACAACAACCCCAGCAAAAGCCCCAGCAAGAAGGCUCUGCUCAUUUGCCUCGACCUCUUCUGCCUCUUCAUGGCUGGACUGCCAUUCCUGAUCAUAGAAACAAGCACAAUUGCACCCUACCGACGGGGAUUUUACUGUGAUGAUGAAAGCAUUCGCUAUCCUGUGAAAACUGGCGAGACCAUCAAUGAUGCUGUCCUUUGUGCUGCAGGCAUUCUUAUAGCCAUACUUGCUAUCAUCAUAGGAGAAUUCUACCGGAUCCAUUGUUUGAAGGAGAAAUCCCGGUCUUUCAUUCAGAACCCAUAUGUGGCAGCUUUGUACAAGCAAGUGGGUUGUUUUGCCUUUGGUUGUGCCAUCAGCCAGUCCUUCACAGAUAUUGCCAAAGUUUCCAUUGGCCGCUUGAGGCCCAAUUUCAUUGCAGUUUGUGAACCCAAUUUUACCAAAAUAAGCUGUUCCCAGGGAUAUAUUGAAGACUAUGACUGCCUUAAUCCUGAUGAAAGUAAAGUCCAGGAAGCUAGGAAAUCAUUUUUCUCUGGUCAUGCUUCUUUUUCCCUGUAUACCAUGCUUUAUUUGGUGCUAUACCUGCAAGCCAGGUUCACUUGGAGAGGAGCUCGGCUGCUGCGUCCUCUGCUCCAGUUUACACUGAUUAUGAUGGCAUUUUAUACAGGACUUUCUCGUGUGUCUGAUCACAAACAUCAUCCAACAGAUGUACUGGCAGGAUUCACACAGGGGGCCCUGGUGGCUUACUGCAUAGUGUUCUACGUUUCAGACCUUUUCAAGCCAAAAGCAAAGAUUUCUCAGCCUCCUCCACCAAUCCGGAAGGAGAUACUUUCACCUGUGGACAUCAUUGACCGGAACAACCAUCACAACAUGGUGUAGACAUUUGCAAAUGUUUUUAAUUUUUUAAUUUUAUUUUUUAUUUUUUGCAAAAUGACUGCUGACAGCAACUACCUGCUGCUCUCAAUCUCAUCUGACAGUAGAAUGUAGGGAGAGACUCUUGCCUGACCCAUGAGGUCUUACUCUGUGGCCUUUUUAUUCUUACAACAUUUGCAUAAAAUAGAUGUUGUUCAACUAAGUCAAAGGCAACAAGUCUGAAAUGAAUCAAAACAUGUUGCAAAUAUUUUAUAUGUGCAAUUGGCUGAGUGUUCAUGUUGUAGUGAAUGCUGAAUUGUUCAUAGCUUAUUGAACACUAAAUGGUUAUUAGGAAACAGGCCAUCUCUGCUUUUAAUUUUUUAAAAAAACUAAAGAUUUCCAAUUCCUGUUAAAAGGGGAGGGUGGGGGAGAGGAAUGCUCAUCAACUAGAUUAUAGCACUAUCUACAAGAAAAUACGCACUGAUUCAUGAAUUGUGAUCACUUUCUAAGGGGUAUCUUCUUAUUUUAUUGUUGUUUUUUUUAAUGUCUCCAUUCCAAACUGUGACUUAUGUUUGGUUUAGAAGAAGCACACUAGGAAAACAUAGUGGAAAAGUAUCCUUUUCUGCUGUAAACCCCCUGAAAAAUAAUACCUUUCUUUACCUAAUAAGGCAUAGUUAAAGCCACUUAUUAAAUUGAAGUCUACUUUCUUCAUAAUAUUCCUGACUGUAAAAGCCUUUUCAUCUUUGUUUUCAUCUAUCCUAUUUCUCCUCACAAAUUAUAUGCCAUUUUAAUGUCUUUAUCAUGUUUACUACUUUGGAGAGCUGGCUGGAAUUGUCAAUUGCUCAAGAUAUCUGGAGCCCCCAUAUGCCUCCUUAUGCAAUGUAAACAGUACCAUAUAAAAGUUCAGCCUGCAUUUAAUUUGCUGGUUGGUCUAGAAAAAUCUUCCCCCUUGUUUCCAUUUACCCACACAAUCACAAAAAUAUUUUCUGAAUGGUCACUUAAUUGUGGGUUCACAAUGUGUUGUCUUCUUUGCAGUCAGUCUUGUUAAUGUUUCUUAGCCCCGAAAGCUCUGAGGUUGAGACUCAGAACAUCAACCCUUCAGCUGUGAGGCGGACUGCAGGUCAGGACCGUCUUAUCCUGAUACCCAGUUACAACUCUCUUCUGUUUAUCACAGCCUGAAAAAAGGGGAUCAUUCUUGAAUAUUCAUUAGAACCCAGCCUUCCAACCUGUGGUGUUCCUGAUGUGGUGGUUUAAAUUCUCAUCAUGCCUAAUCCCCAUAACCAAUGAUUAGGCAGAUUUGGAAUUAUGGAAGUUUUAGUUAACACAACUGAAGGGCACUGGUGUAGGGAAGACUGUAUUGGACAGUAGGCUAAAUUCUGCUUUAAACAACAUCAGGGCCAUGUGAAGAAGGCAAGCAAGAGCAAAUGUAGUUCUUUCAUAUGCUUUCAGAGGGAGUUCCAAAAGACAUGCUUUUAAAUAUUUUUAAGAACAGAACUGACAAUACUAGCCAAGCAGACUGGCCUUUGCACAUCUUGUCAUACAAAAUCCGUCCCAUCAUUUCAAUUCUAGCAAGCUAUGAUUUUUUUUAUAAAUAUAUAAAUAUAUAUAUAAAUAUUAUAUAAAUAAUGUAUAAAACAUUAAAAAUUAACUAUGUAAAAUAUUAUUUCUGAAACAAUUUUAGAUAUAUCCACUACGAUUAUAAAUUGUGUUUUGACCUGUGUUAUUUGCAUUUUGCUGCUUAAAAAAGCAAUGACUUAAUUUUUUUUUAUAGUCGACUAAAAUAUUGUAGUCCUGUGGUAGCAAUAUUUUAAUGAAAAUAACAAACUAAAGACAAUUGUAUAAAAAUCAUAUUAAAUUGUCUGUAUUUUUGUAAUGUUUCUUUUUUUUUGUACAAAGAGGAAUACGCAAGACUUUUUGUAGAGUACAAGAAUUAAAGUUGGUAUUUGCAAAAAUAUUGCUGUAUAAAUGUGCUUUAUAAAUAAAUGUUUCAGGCACAACUGUGAGCCCAUGUUCUCACUUUAAA